AUGUGGGACGAGGAAAUGGCUUUGAGGGAAGAUAAGAUGCGUAUAACGGCUUACAAGAGAGACCGCUGUGUAAUUAACGAACGGGAUAUUGAUUAUAUACAACAUUUUAAACAUGGUUGUGGUUUAUCUGCUUCACCUUUAAAACAACCCUGCGUAAGAAACACUUUUAAGAUAAUGGGAACGCGGUCGAAUAAGGAAGGUCAACAAGUGUUUUUUGGGGAGGACGUCUUGCUACAAAUUUGUGAAAGUUCCGGUCCUCCCCUGUAUAUACAAUGCGAAAAUUCUACUAUGGAUUCUUUCGGUGGUCAUUUAUCUGUAAGAUUAUCCGAAUGUCCAGAUAUAUAUUGUAGGUUUAAAUUUUAUCAUUGGAAUCCUCAAAAACGUACUAAAACAAACGGUACUACCUUUAAACCAGAUACGAGAGUUAUUAUUCAGCAUACAGCGUCUGGUAGAAAUUUAGCCUUUGAGCCUGGUCAAUGGAUGCCAACUUUUUAUGGACCGGAACUACAGGUAAGCUGUCAUACUUAUAGAGACAGUCACAAAAUGGAAACCAUUGAAAAUUUUUGGAAAAUCGUUACGAGACCUUUAUCAGACGCAGCUUUAUUAGUACGGGCUGCCAAAGGUGAAAAUAUCCCCAUGGAUUUAUUUGAAUAA